AUGGCGAAAGAUGUCAAGUUCGGCGUCGACGCGCGCGCGCUCAUGCUCCAGGGCUGCGAUAACCUCGCGGACGCGGUGCAGGUGACGAUGGGCCCGAAGGGACGCAACGUCGUCAUCGAGCAAACCUACGGCGCGCCGAAGAUCACGAAGGACGGCGUGACGGUCGCGCGGAACAUCGAGUUCACCGACCGAUUCAUGAACCUGGGCGCCAGCCUCGUGAAGCAAGUCGCGAGCGCCACGAACGACGUCGCCGGCGACGGCACGACGACGGCGACGGUGCUCACGCGCGCCAUCUUCAGCGAAGGCUGCAAGUCCGUCGCCGCGGGCAUGAACCCGAUGGACUUGCGCCGCGGGAUCACCGCGGCGGUGGACCAGGUCGUCAAGGAGCUCAAGAAAGCCGCCAAGCUCAUCUCCACGACGGAGGAGAUCGCGCAGGUUGGCACGAUAUCCGCCAACGGCGAGCGAGAGAUCGGCGACCUGAUCGCGCGCGCGAUGGAAAAAGUCGGCAAGGAGGGCGUCAUCACCGUCUCCGACGGGAAGACCCUGGAGAACGAGCUCGAGGUCGUGGAGGGGAUGAAGUUCGAGCGCGGGUACAUCUCGCCGUACUUCACGACCAACGCGAAGACGCAAAAGUGCGAGAUGGAGAACCCGUACGUGUUAAUCUUCGAGAAGAAAAUUUCCGGGCUCGCGUCGUUUCUUCCCGUCCUCGAGGCGGUCCUCAAGACGCAGCGCCCGCUUCUGAUCAUCGCCGAGGACGUGGAGUCCGAGGCGCUCGCGACGCUGAUCGUGAACAAGCUCCGCGGCGGGGUGAAAAUAUGCGCGGUGAAAGCCCCGGGUUUCGGCGACAACCGCAAGGCGAACCUUCAGGCGCACCUCGGGCACAAGCUCGACCAGGUCGGGCUCGACAUGCUCGGCACCGCGAAGAAAGUCACGGUGUCCAAGGACGACACGAUCAUCCUCGACGGCGCGGGGGAGAAGGACGCGAUCGAGGACCGGUGCGAGCAGCUCCGCGAUCGCAUCGCCGAGAGCACGUCGGAUUACGACCGCGAGAAGAUGCAGGAGCGGCUCGCGAAACUCUCAGGCGGCGUCGCCGUGCUCAAGAUCGGCGGCGCGAGCGAGGUCGAAGUCGGCGAGAAGAAAGACCGCGUCGUGGACGCGCUGAACGCGACCAAGGCGGCCGUGGACGAGGGCAUCGUCGCCGGCGGAGGCACCGCGUUGCUCGCGGCGAGCAAAUCGCUCGCCGCGCUGGAGGCGUCGAUGCCGAAUUUCGACCAAAAGGUUGGCGUGCAGAUCAUCCGCGCGGCGCUCAAGGUGCCCGUGCGCACCAUCUCCGCGAACGCGGGCGUGGAGGGCAGCGUCGUCGUCGAGAAGGUGCUGUCUCAGAACGAUCACAACUGGGGGUACGACGCCGCGCGCGGGGAGUACGGCUGCAUGAUCACCGCCGGGGUCAUCGACCCGCUGAAAGUGGUGCGAACCGCGCUCACGGACGCGGCGUCGGUGUCGUCGCUGAUGAUGACGAGCGAGUGCAUGAUCGUGGAGGGGAAGAAGGAUCCCGCGGAGGCGAUGGGCGCUGGGGCGAUGGGCGGCAUGGGUGGCAUGGGCGGCAUGGGCGGCAUGGGCGGCAUGGGGAUGUGA